CUCAAGCGCCGAGUGGAGACCAGGGCUCCCUACAGCCAGCCCAUCUUGCAGACGGUAACCCCGUUCACUCCGAGGGUAAUGUCGGUUCCGCUGCCGGCAAACUUUCGGCCGUGGCAGAUCAAGGCCUACAACGGAACGACGGACCCCCAAGAUCAUUUGUCUAAGUUCUAUGCUUCUAUGGAAGCGGCGGCAGCCCCGGACGAGGUCAAGUGCCGAUGCUUUCUCGCGACGCUAGAGGGCUCCGCGUGCGAUUGGUUCAACCGGCUCCCAAAGGGAACCAUUGACGAUUGGGAUACGCUAGCGGAGAAGUUCUUGACGCAUUUCGCAGCCAACCGAAGGCAGAGGCUACCUUACUCCCAUCUGCUCAACAUCUGCAUCCGUAAAGGAGAGAAGAUCCGCGACUUCAUAACUCGGUGGGAGAAGGAAGCCAGAGACGUGCACGGGGCGGAUGACCAAGCUUUGGUGGCCAUGUUCCAAGCAGCCCUUCCCCGCGGUGAGGUGAGGAAGGAGCUCCGCAGGAAUCCUCCCCCCACGUACCAAGAAACCUUGGCGCGCGCUAAGUUCUUGGCCUCGGAGGAAUUCGAUGAUGCCCCCGAUUCCGAGGCCGCGCCGGCCAAGCGAGCCCCCACAGAUUCAGAGGAGAUAGCGAAGAAGAGGAAGAAGAAGAAAGGCUACACUGUGGGCCCGAGGACGCCCUCGGUGGGUGUGUAUUCCGUGGGUGCGUCCGUAGGGACGGGUCGAGAGCUGGCCCUCUCCCCGCUCCCGCACGUAGAGACCUAUGCGGUGUUCAGCGGCGCCAAGUAUUGCGAGUAUCAUCGCAACAACACUCAUAACACUAAGGAAUGCUUCACUCUUCAGAAGGAGAUGCAGCGACUCAUCGCCCGAGGGCCGGCUUCGCGAGACAAUGGAGCAGCCCCUUCCCGGGGCCCACCGGAAGGGAGAACGUGGAGGAAGCCGACCGAGCCGGUCGCGGUGGCCACGCAAGCGAGGAACCCCGAGAAGAGGCACAUUGGGCGAGAGUGUGAUGAUCUAGACGAGGACGAAGCCCAAGGAUAUCCGGUGGGGUUCAUCCAUGGAGGAAAUAUCGACGGGGAUCCCGCCGCUCAAAGGAAGAAGUGGAAGCACAUGGCCUUCGUCGCCAAGGUCCAACAGGCGCCGGCGCCCAAGCUCGGAAGACGAGAGCAAAUCCAAUUCACAGAGAAGAAUCUUCCGAACACGCCAAGCCCCCACCGGGAUGCCUUAGUCGUGAGGAUAGAAAUCAACAACGCCAUAGUGCACCGCACCUUGGUGGACACGGGAAGCUCGGUCAACAUAAUGUAUGAGAAGACCUUUCAAGACCUCGGCUUGGACCGCAAGGACUUAAGGCCCGUGCGCACUCCUCUCUCCGGGUUCACAGGGGAGUCCAUCGAGGCCGAAGGAGUCAUCACCGUGCCCGUUAUAGUAGGGGAUGGUGCGCACAAGGCCAAGUUGAAGAUGGAGUUCAUGGUUGUGAGCAUCAGCUGCACGCACAACAUGAUCCUAGGACGGCCCGGCCUCGAGGACUUGGAAUGUGUGAUCUCCCCAUACUACUUGUGCAUGAAGUUCCCCACUCCUUCGGGAAUCAGGGUGGCGAGGGGAGACCAAAAGAGCCCGAACGCCCCCUUGCGCAUGUCUGAGUGGGCGGUGUUCCUUGGAGCUUUCCAGAUUGAAUUCAGGCCAAGGCCAGCGAUCAAGGGUCAAGCGCUAGCUGACUUCGUGGUAAAGUGCACCGCUCGGGAGGAGCCGAGCCCGGAAGAGCCGGAAGCUGAUGACUGGUGGAUAGUUUUUACCGACGGCUCCUCCGCCACCAAAAACUCGGGGGGUGGAGUGGUAGUCAUCGCUCCCGAAGGCUUCAGAGCAUACUACUCAAUUCGAUUCGGUUUCAAGGCAUCAAACAAUGAAGCGGAAUAUGAAGCGCUCCUGUGCGGGCUACGCCUAGCAGCCGGGAUGAACGCAACAAAGCUAAGGGUAAAGUGUGAUUCAAAGCUGGUGGUUGGCCACGCCUCGGGAGAGUUCGAGGCAAAGGACGAAAGAAUGAAGAAGUACAAAGAUACCGCUCUAGAGUUACUUAAGAGUUUCACCGCGUAUAGUGUGGAGUUGAUCCCUCGGGUGGAGAAUGCCGAGGCGGAUAUCUUGUCGAAGAUGAGCUCGGACACGCUUGAGCACAUCAGGCGAAUGGGGAACGUGGAAGAGCUGUCCGAGGCGAGCAUCCAUGCUUCCCCUGUGGCAAUGAUUUGUGCUCGGCCAAGAGAUUGGAUGGACGACAUAGUCGCCUUCUUGAAGGAUGGCGCUCCUCCUCGGAAGGAAGGCCGAGCGCAGACCAUACCUGGAUGUUCUUCCCGGAUGGAGGUCGAACACUCGCGCUCGGCGCUCCUCCUCGAGGAGGGAAACCGAGCGCAGGCCAUACCCGGAUGGAGGUCAAACACUCGCGCUUGGCGCUCCUCCUUGGGGAGGGAAGUCAAGCGCAGGCCAUACCCGGAUGUUCUUCCCGGAUGGAGGUCAAACAUUCGCGCUCGACGCUCCUCCCUAGGAGGGAAGCCGAGUGCAGGCCAUACUCGGAUGUUCUUCCCGGAUGAAGGUCAAACACUCGCGCUCGGCGCUCCUCCUCGGGGAGGGAAGCUGAGCGUAGGCCAUACCCGGAUGUUCUUCCCGGAUGAAGGUCAAACACUCGUGCUCGGCGCUCCUCCUCGGGGAGGGAAGCUGAGCGCAGGCCAUACCCGGAUGUUCUUCCUGGAUGAAGGUCAAACACUCGUGCUCGGCGCUCCUCCUCGGGGAGGGAAGCCGAGGGCAGGCCAUACCCGGAUGUUCUUCCCGGAUGAAGGUCAAACACUCGCGCUCGGUGCUCCUCCUCGGGGAGGGAAGCCGAGCGCAGGCCAUACCCGGAUGUUCUUCCCGGAUGGAGGUCAAACACUCGCGCUCGGCGCUCCUUUUCGGAAGGAAGGCCGAGCGCAGGCCAUACCCGGAUGUUCUUCCCGGAUGGAGGUCAAACACUCGCGCUCGGCGCUCCUCCACGAGGAGGGAAACCGAGCGCAGACCAUGCCCGGAUGUUCUUCCCGGAUGGAGGUCAAACACUCGCGCUCGGCGCUCCUCGUUGGGGAGGGAAGUCAAGCGCAGGCCAUACCCGGAUGUUCUUCCCGGAUGGAGGUCAAACACUUGCGCUCGGCCCUCUUCCUCAGGAGGAAAACCGAGCGCAGACCAUACCCGGAUGUUCUUCCCAGAUGGAGGUCAAACAUUUGGGCUUGGCACUCCUACUCGGGAGGAAAACCGAGCGUAGACCAUACCCGGAUGUUCUUCCUGGAUGGAGGCCAAACACUCACGCUCAAAAAUAAUGACUAAAAAUGAGACAUAAAAUCAAAUUCAAAUU